GCGCAUGCGUUGUUUGUUUAGGGCUUUUGGUAGCCUAGCCGUGUAACAAGCUGUGCAUCCCUGUGUGAAACGAUCAACCGAAUAGGCCUUAUUCUAACAUCGGAAGCAGGCUACUGUAGCUAGGUAUCUCUUUAAUUCUUUGUGUUAUAUUUUAUGUUAGAGGCAGGUCAGGUCAGGUCGUUCGUUGUUUAUAUAGUUAGUUAAACUAAUCCACAUAAAAUGACUGAUCAAUCAUCACUGCUGCUUCGAAAACAACUGGCAGAGCUCAACAAGAACCCGGUGGAGGGAUUUUCUGCCGGUCUCAUAGACGAUGAUGACAUCCAUCAGUGGGAGGUGGUCGUUAUUGGCCCUCAAGAUACAUUAUUCGAGGGUGGUUUCUUUAAAGCCUACCUGACCUUUCCCCAUGACUACCCUCAUAGGCCUCCGAAGAUGAAGUUCAUCACAGAAAUAUGGCAUCCCAAUGUGGCAAAGAAUGGUGACGUGUGUAUCUCCAUUCUGCAUGAGCCCGGUGAGGACAAGUUUGGCUAUGAGAAGCCGGAGGAGCGCUGGCUGCCCAUCCACACCGUAGAGACCAUCAUGAUCAGUGUCAUCUCCAUGCUGGCCGACCCGAACGGCGACUCACCCGCCAACGUAGAUGCAGCCAAAGAAUGGAGAGAGGAUCCUUGCGGAGAGUUCAAGAGGAAGGUGGCUCGCUGUGUACGAAAGAGUCAGGAGAUGGCAUUUGACUAGGCACCCUCCCCCACACAAACCCAGUUUGCCACAAACCCAGUGAGUCCCUUUCUGGAUCCACACAGCGCUCAGCUAUAAUCGCACACGUUGCAGAAAUUGAGACCCAUUCAGUGCCUUGGUUGGUCACUAAAUAAUCUUCCAUUGUUUGUGUUUCCUAUUCAGUCUUGAUGCUAUAUUUUAUGUUUGCAAGCUAACUGUUAUUUUAUUUUUAGCUCAAAUUUGAACCUAGGCGGAUACAUCAUGUCACUCUUCAAUAAAGACUUUUGCACCAGUGUUCUGCUCUUAGGAAGAUGUGGAAUAAAAAGCCAGCCCUUUUUCUUUAGUUGUAUAAAUAGGGUCAUCUAGAGUCAGGGUCAAGUAAAUGUGUGGAGAUAAACAUCCCUUUAUGGUUGUUUUCUCACCGUAUACUUAUUUAGAUGAUUAUUAUGACAAUUCAAGAUGCAUGGUUUUUGUUUUGACAAGCUUAUUUUCAACCUGCCACUGAGCCAUCUACUUUAGACUUGUCUCUUAUGCAAUUUUGGAGUAUUUGAUCAUUGAAGAGAUUGUUACCAACAAUGGCUUUCGUUGCCCGUUCUAUACCUCUGGAAGCCCAUCCCCUCAAGUGUUCUGCAAAGUCCUUUCUCUCAAAGGGGUCAAUACACUCUGCUGCCUUAAGUUGUUUCCCUGUAAGCAAAGGAAACUGUCUCCAGUGAUGUCAACAUCUAUGUCAGGAUACAUUUCUUCAGUGUUUGAUCAAUACAUUUUUUGGGAUAAACCAAAAACCUAAGAAUAUUAGCAUGAGGAACAGAAUAUUUUUUGUAAUAAAGAUCUCAUCUCUAAAAUUGUA